AUUUUGGAGUGAAAAAUAACUGCAUUCCUCAAUGGCUACACUUCCCCGUCCAACCUUGAACAGAAUACCAGCAAAAGCGCCAACUAUAAAACAAGAUAAUGCAGUGAAAGAUUUAACAAAACUUUCUCGUUUGGAAUUGUUGGACCUAAAGGAACGCCAAAGCAAGCUACUGGCCAAUAAAGUCAACUUAAAUCUGCUUCCGGAUAAAGGGAAACGUAUAAAAGAUUUCCACGAUAGGGUGAAUGCAGAACUAGAUCGACGUAGUAAUAUCGAUGAAGCGGCUAAUAUGUUCUCUGAAUUGAAUAUAGCUUCUAGAGGUCAAGAUGUGCUUAAUCGCCUAGAGUGGAACGGUCGCCUCAAUGUAGAUAAUGGCAUGGACCCAACAGUAGAUGUGCUAGAUAGUGAUGAUGAAGCCGAACUAGAUCCCUUGCGGGUGAUAGCACAGCGUACAAUGCAUGCGCGGCGCACCAAAUUGUUACCACCCGAACCGAAGCUAAUAACGGAAGCUGACUUAGCUGAGAUCAAAUAUUUUAAGGCAGGGUCUGAAAAAUCAUUUCCAACGAUGACUGGUACUGAUUUAGUCGCUGCGAUGGAUAUAAGAGAAAAGGAAAGCACUGAGGAGUCAAACAACGUGGUAGACGUAGAAGUUUUUGAAAUUGAUAUUAGCGAAAAACUCAAUUCUAUAAAGCCUAAAAUACUGCAUGUAAUAGAAAAAUCUCCAUCAUCAAAAGCAAGCUCAGUAAGUGGCGACAGUCGCUGUAGUACACCUGCCAUACAAGAGGUCGAACAGCACGUGCGUUACUUGGUUACUAAAACCGAGUUAGACGUAGCACCACAACGUGAAAAAUUCAAACCUUACAAAACAACAGUGUCUAAUGUGCACGACCCCGCUAAGGAACGCACGCGCAAUAAGGGCAAACAUUGGGAAGUUACUGCUGCAACACCGCCACUUAUACAGCAUGGCGCUACAAAAAUGUUGACAUUGCUUGAUUCGGUUGACUUGCAAGCGAGUUAUUUAGCCAGGAUGAAAGAAUUGCAAGAAAAACAAGCAGAGGACAGGUUGGCUGCACGUUUCGCACGAUUGGAGCAACGUAGUCUGAAACUGCCAAUAGAAGAAGAGCUGAAAGCAAAAGUGUCUUUCAAUACAUAUCGCUCACCGGCAUUAGAUAUCGAGGGCGAGCAGAAGUUUAAUGAAGAUGAAGAGGUGCAUGACCCGCUAGGCGAGGAAAAGGCUGCGGGUGGCGUUAGCUAUACCGUCUUCGAUUGAUUACCUCAAAUUUAAAAUAAUAGAUUUAUUCUGAUUAUUUGGAUGUUAAUUUAUUAGUCGAACUUCUUACUAUUAACGACAUGGUUGAACAAUUAACCACACACCUACAUAUGUAGAGUUCUUGAGACAUUUGUAUAACAUUCAAGCUUAAAAGGUGGUGUUUAUACACGUAAAUACUUAUUUUGUUGAAAGCUGUGCUUUCGUCCCACGGUA